GGACAGCGUCAGGCAGUGUUUUCAGAGCUAGUCGACAGUUACGUUUCCGUGCAUUUUGCAGGAAGGUAUGGAGGAGAACGGGACGCCACCGUACUGACUCUCCAUGGUGAAAGCUCCGCACGGGUUCUCCGGUUUCAGGUGGUACAUGCGCACUGCCCCUCUCCUCCCGGCAACCGGCAUGCCUUAUGGAAUAUUCAUUCACCACCAAUGACAUUCCAGUGGGAUCCAUGUUUACAACAGCAGUUCAUUUUGCCAACACUUAGCCUCAUAGUGCUUUCUUUUUAAUCGGUCUUGUUCCCAGUGCAAAGCACAAGCCCACCCAUACAACUGCCUCUUGAUUCCCGACUAUCAACUUCUGUCCCUUUAUAAGAGGAUAACCCUCUAUCAUGAGAUUCCGAAUCUACAAGAGAAAGGUGGUGUUACUGACUCUGGUGGUUGUUGUGUGUGGCCUGGCUUUCUGGAGCAGUGGAAGGCAGAAGAAGAACGACAGCGGCUCGUUACCCAGGGAAGUGGAGACGGUGCGGAGGAGCAACGGUGUUAGCAGCAGCAAUAGUAUCAACAGUCAAAACCAGGAGCAAGCAACACCUGCAGUCAGUCGAGCGCCUGUUCCAGCACCAGUUAUUCAAGCAAAUGACACGCACCAAGAAAAAGCAAAGGACAAAGCCAAAAUAUCCAAGCCAGAUGUAGAUAAUACCACUUUAGUCUACCGUGGCAUUGUCUUCCAGCUAAACUUUGAUCAGACAAUAAGAAAUGAAGAAAAGUUUAAGACAACUCGAAAGAAGGACGAUUUGGUUGUGGUAGUUCAGGUCCAUAACCGACCAGACUAUCUAAAGCUCUUAGUGGAUAGUUUGCGAAAGGCCAGAGGUGUGGAUAGCAUACUGCUGAUAUUCAGCCAUGAUUACUGGUCUCCUGAGAUAAACAAAGUGGUGGCCUCUAUUGACUUCUGUCAAGUCCUUCAGAUUUUCUUCCCCUUCAGCAUCCAGCUAUACCCGCAGGAGUUCCCUGGAAACGACCCCAGGGACUGCCCCAGAGACAUCCCCAAAAAAGAUGCCUUAAAGCUGGGAUGUAUUAAUGCAGAGUAUCCUGACUCAUUUGGCCACUACCGGGAGGCCAAGUUUUCCCAGACCAAGCACCACUGGUGGUGGAAGCUUCACUUUGUAUGGGACAGAGUUCGAGUUCUCAAAGACCAUAAGGGUCUGGUUCUCCUGAUUGAAGAGGACCACUACUUGUCUCCGGACUUUAUCCAUCUCUUAAAACAGAUGACGGCUCUCAAAAGGGAGCAGUGUGCGGACUGUGAUAUCCUUUCAUUGGGGAGCUACAGCCACAUCGGCUACUCCAGUAAAGCAAAUAAGGUGGAGGUAAAAGCCUGGAAGUCCACUGAGCACAACAUGGGGAUGGCUCUGAGUAGAGAGACAUACCAGAAACUCAUCCAGUGCACUGACACGUUCUGCACUUAUGAUGACUACAACUGGGACUGGUCUCUACAACACUUGACUGUGUCCUGCCUGCCCUCCUACUGGAAGGUCAUGGUGAGCGAGGCACCGAGGAUUUUCCACGCUGGAGACUGUGGCAUGCACCACAAGAAGGUUUCUUGCAUGCCCAUUAAUCAGAAAACCAAGAUAGAAAACAUCUUACAGAGCAGUGGGAACCAGCUGUUCCCAAAAAACCUCCUGAUCACAAAGAGACUGCCAGCCAAUGGGGCAGGAGGAGUGGCCCCACAUGUAAAGAAUGGGGGCUGGGGAGACAUCAGGGACCAUGAACUCUGCAAGAGCUAUGUUCGAUUACAGUGACCUUAAUUGCUACUAUUAUAUAUUAUUGUCUCUUUUGCAUCCUAUAUAAAGAAAAAGUAAAUCUUUAUGGACUAUUCUUCAUAUUGCCUGUUUUAUUGGCUUGUUCCAAAUAAAGACGAAUGUUGGAUUUUUGGCUUCUUUAACACAAAUAUGUCUUUACACUGAAUUAUUUCAGCAAUUCCUAACAAGUCUGCAGUGUUUUGUAUUAUUGAUAUACUAAACAAUAUAUUGCUUUGUUUUCUAUAACAAUACUUUAAGAUUAUAUGCUUCAUUUGGUAUUCAAAGUCUCUCAAAAUUUAAAACCUACUGAUGGGGAAACAAAUUAAAGGUAACACCAACAUAACUAUAGCCAGUGGGUCAGUGGAAUACAUCUUUUCCACUGACCCUUUGGCUGUUGCUCAGUCUACACACGCAUCCACUGAAAAAACAAGAUCGGACCAGUGCCCAAAGGUAGCCCUGAGUUUCCUACCACAGAAAUUGCCUUGAGUUUUGCUGCACAAUAUAUAGGCUGGUUUACAACAUGCACCAAAGCAGAGCUGGAACCAGCAUUGCCUGAGUGGAAAUCAGGUUAAAGUACCUUGUACCCUUUUUGCAUUGAUUGUCCAGGUGUCUGGAACUGUUGAACUGAUGCAAGAGUGUUCUUUCAAAAGAUAUUCCCUCAUUUGGUGCUGUGGUAGAGGAGGAGUCCAAAUUCUAUCAUAGGUGUUUCACUUGAGCUGAGGCCUGGGGACUGCCCAGCUGUAGCAGCAUCAUUUUCUCACUGGUCAAACAAUUCAGUGAGUGCUUACAUCCUAUGCUUGAGACCACUCCCAUUUUUACCCAUCAAGGUGGAAAUGUUUGUGGGGUGAAGGUGAUCACUCAGAGCAACGUUUUAUUGAUUAGCAGUGAUCUCACCCUUGAAGUGGGCCGGUGCCUCUUGCAGCAUAACUGAGCCACAGCAUCCCCUCCCUAUAGCAGUUAUGCAUUCAGGUUUUUCCCUUAAUUUGUCACCCAUCUGGAUCUCAGUAGGUGGUAAAUUGGGAAGAGCAGCCAAGUGCUCACUGGUGCAGUCACGAGUUUGGCGAAACUAUGGACUCAGGCGUCCCGCUGUGCUCACAUAAUUAGUUGGAAGGUAUUUAUAUCUUGCAAAUUUGCUGAGAUCAGAGUAGAUCCGUCGAGACACCUCGUUCUAUUUAAAUAAUUUUCCAUUUAGCUUCAACAGGUUAUUAGAGCACACCAGAGAACUCGAUAUUAAAGCGGCUGCAGUGGUUCGGAAUUAAAUUCCAUCGACGCUUACAUUACAGGGCGCAUACAUACAGGAACUACAAUGUUUUCACCCUGUUAUAUUUGACAGCAGAAGCAUAGUGAUGCACUACAGCCAAAUAAAACCGCAAGCCAUUGUUUUGUUGCAAUGCAUCACUGCCCUACCCAAUGUAGUAUAACACUGUGCUACUGUAUCUGCAGAGAGUCUCACAGAGAAAUAAACACGAUGCACCUGGAGAGCUCCCAAGGCUCUGAUACUACUUUCUCUUUUCUGUUGUUCCUGUUGAAGAUGCAUUUACAUUUUAAGUGCUUAGACCACAGCUCAGUAUUGAUAGUUUCUGCUGAGGCCUGAGCUCAGUGGCUUCUCUGGCUGCAUUGAUCUCUCCCUACACCCCUACCCCACCUCCCCAAUCUGGCAGUGUUUAACAAUCUGUUCUGCAUACUGUUCAAAAUCUGGAAUAAGUUACCAGUGACUGAAUUCCUCAAACAGUUCAUAUUUAAGGCAUCCUCUGGUAGACUCUGCCAGUGGCCCUUCAGUGGCAGGGCUCUCAACAUAAAGCG